UUAAGCAUCUCAACAUGGCAUUUUUCUCUCUAAUAUUCCUGUUUGGUCUCAGUUUUUUGCUGAACGAGAGUGCUGCUGAAGUGUGCCGGGGUCUUCGAUGCCUCACGAACCAGGACUGGAGCACAGUGUGUGUGGGACCUAACUGCCAGGGGACAUCGGUGUCCAGACACCAGUUUCACCCCGGACAAACGCACACCGGUUCCCAACAGGACUCUCGGGUGUACGCCCGUUCCCAAACCAAGGUAGCCCCUUUGACCACUUACGCCAACAUCCAACCUCAGCAGGGAGGCUUUGGCGCCAGGCGGACCAACCCGAGGACCAUCACCGCCGAGGUGUUCCAUCCUGGCUGCGCAGGCGGGACCUGCCCCACCACCGUCGCACAUCGCAACGCGCCCAGCCACGGGGACACGUCGCAGGACUGCAAAGGGAACGGCUGUAAACCGCAUCAAGCCAAACCAUGUGUUGGAUGCGGCACGCAAAAGGGAAUAGAGGGGAAGACCUCACCCGUUCAUGUAAGAGACCGAGCGGCACAGUUUAUGGAGGAGAGGUCGGAACGUGGCGCUUGGAUACAGAUGACAUGUGACAUGAAAGCAGGUGCCAAUGAUGUUCCUUCAGAGGACGCUGUCGUCCUGCAGCUGCAGCUGUCCAAGGACCAGGAGAAGAUCGUGGAGGCCCUGAAGGGUCAGCGGGAAGAGGUCAAAGACCUGCACAGACUCGUCAGCGAGCAACAGGGGGCGCUAGUCCAGCAGCAGAGAGAAAUACUGGAGCAACAGAGGAAGAUGCACGACUACAUGGAGCAAGUGAAGGUGCAAUACAACGUACUAUUGGACACCAUCAAGCAGAUGUCCAUGCAGAACCUCCAGGAGGAGCUGGACACUCGCGUCGAGGCUCUGAACGAGCCGAGUGGACCUCACCAAGCUCAGCAGGCCCUCUCUUUGCACAAGGUGGACAUGGAGGCCAGUGUCAUGGAGGUGGGCCAUUCCCUCGCGGCCUGUGCCGGCUGUGGUCCCGACGAGUACUGCGGCUUCAGCGCGGGUCGCCCUCGCUGUGAGAAGUGCACCGUGUGUCCUGCUGGCUUCUUCCUGGUUGCCCAGUGUUCGGUCCACGCGGACAGAAUCUGCCAGGACCGAGAUGAAUGCCUUGAAAUAACGAACCUUUGUGAAGAUCAACUGACGUGUCUCAACACACCAGGAGGAUUUAGGUGUCAAGGGAUGACAGAGCGAGAUGCCAGGGCCGGCGUGUGUGGACCCGACUACUUCUUUAACUUGGACAUGGACGAGUGUCAGGCCUGCACCGAGUGUGAUGGAGAGGCGGUGACGUCACCGUGUACUUUUACCGCUGACACCGUCUGCGCUGGACUUUCUGCCGGCGACGGCGUCCUCUCUCUGUCCUGGGCCGGACGCGCCAGCCUGCCCGGUGCCAAAGGUCGCUCGAUGAAUCUCGCCUCGCCAGGUGUGCGGCUUGACAUCCAGGGAGCGACCGACGGGGGCCUGGUGUCGGCCGAGGGAGGCCGGCUGCUGCUGAGGAAACACGGUCUGGUCUGGCUGGAGGAGAACCUCUCCGUGAACCACGGCUGCCGCAGCUUCGUGCAAGUGUGCCUGCGUCUGAACGGCACAGACGGCUCCGGAGCCCGUGACCUUGUCGGCGUCAGGAUUGAGCAGCAGGAAGUGAGGUCACUUCAGGGUGUCAGCAUGAGUGGGGUAGCAGAGGUUGCCCCUGGGCAUACGAUUUCCACUUCCCUUUGGAGUGCCAACCACCACUGCAACCAAAGUAACGAAGGUCUACAGCUGUAUGACCCCUCAGCGGCUUCCCUAAGCCUCAUGUGGCUGUCCCAUGACACCGGUGCCGUCGCCAUGACGGCACAGGCGGUGUUGUCCGCACACUACCAUACAAUCCAUCGCCCGAUCUUCAGCUCCUCCUCCACUUCGGACCCUUACGUAGUUGGGUUGACCCAUGACGGUCGUGGUAUACGUUUUGCAGAAAGCGGCACGGUGCGCUUUGUAUUCCAACAGGCGCUGUACUCCAUGGGUCAGGCAUGCGUGAGUGAAGGCUUCCAGAUGUUGGCGUACCUCAACCACAACGGUACGGGCACGGAGCUCUGCCGCAGCUUCAAACCAGGCGUCCACUACCGCGACACAUCCAUCUCUCUCUCCGGAGCCACUGCAGUUGGUUCCGGAGACACGCUGGUCUUUGAGAUUCUGUCUCCUGCUCAGUGCAACGUACGUUUCUUCAGUGACGGUACAGGCAUCAGUCUUCUCAGCUUGGUCUGGGUUCCGGCCGCCGUCUCCUCCUCCGUCUAUGCCACCGUGGCUCAGACCGGACUUCCUUCAGGAGCUGUGAGAAACAAACCUCUUUUCUUCCGCCAGAGCAGUCCUCGGGUGCGCCAAAUGGGGCUGCCGGGUAAGGGGUCCGCAGAACCGGCCAGAAAUUUAGUCUUCAGCGAGAGCGGCACUGCCAGUGUAGCUCUAGACCUGAAACUGAUUCACUCGUGCAGCCUGGUCAAAGUGACUCUGCUAAGGCUAAGUGGUCCAGAUUCGGGAGCGCGACCCGUCCCCCUGGCCCAGCAAGUGGGCGGACAUAUGCCUGACGGUAGCCAAUGGGCCAGCGUGACCCUGCGAGCAUCCUUCCAGGUACAAAAUGGCACCACAGUGUUCUUCACCCUGGACUGCGUACGGGGACGAGUCAACCAAGUCAGCCACCAUACAGGAAGUGGAGUGUCAGUCCUCUGGGUGGCAGCAUAA